CCCGGCCGCUCACAUUUGGCCAAGUGGCCGCUUUCUCAUCUCAAGAUAAGCCUUCUACUCUCCUACUACCCUUCCUCCUCUUCGUGCCAAAACGCGGCAAUCCAAGUCCAAGACCAAGAAGCUCAAGAUUAGCUAGCCUUCUACAGUUCUACUACCACUACCCAUCUAAAACUGAAUCAAUUCAAGAAGCUCAGAGGAAGAAGACAGAGCAAGCAAGCUAGAAGAAGCUAUGGCGUUAGCACCCACAUCUCUUGCAGGGAGGCCCCUUUGCACGGCCCUGCAGCUCACGAGGUCGUCAAGGCCGGCAUCCUCGAGGCUCUCGUGCAGGGCCUCCAACGAGAAGGACGCGUCUCCCUCGUUGGCCGGAAACCUAGAGCUGAAAAAGCUCGGGAAGCUGGCGAUGGUCGCGCUGGCCGCUGGCGUGCUCGUGCUCUCGCCCGUCGAUGACGCCAUGGCGGGCAAGUCCGGCGGCAGGGUCGGCGGGAAGGCGUUCCGGUCUGCGGCGCCGCGACCCUCCGGUCCACGGAUAAACAACUCAAGGACCAACAUCUACGUCAACCCUGGCGUGGCGCCGCCGCUGGUGGGCGGCUACGGAUACGGUGGCUACGGCGGGUACGGCUUGUCGCCGUUCGGCUUCUACGGUGGCCCCAGCGUCGCCCUCGGGGUCGGCGGCGGCUUCGACACGCUCGUCCUGUUCAUAGUGGGCGGGGCGGUCGUCGGCGCCGUCAGGCGGUUCCUCAACCGCAGGGAUAACGACGAUUACGACGACUAGAUGAUAAUGUAAUCAUGUAAUCUCAUCGGAACCGUGUAAUAUAUAGCGAGAUUGCUAUUUUGUUCUUGCCAAUAUUAAUCUGAAGGAACAGUAUACUGAGCGAGCAGUCGGGCACCGCACUGAUGUAUACGCAACGUGAUGCAUGUAUAAUUUUGUUAUUUUGACAGGAAAUACGAGCAGUGUAUCUGUGUA